AUGAAGAAGUGCGGACUCCAGCUUCGAUUUCCGCCGGCGCAGAAGAUCUCGAAGUCAGCUCCUCCUCGCCCUCCCCCUCCUGCCUAUGGUUUCAGCGGCGGCGACGACGACUAUGACAUCGAGACGAAAAUCUCACGACAGGCGUCCAAGAACAAAUCUCUUCAUAAGAUUGUGGAGCAGUACAAAAAAGGCAAUGGAAGAAGAUUCGACUAUGACGGGAUUUACGACGAGAUGAAGGGGAAGAUUGCGCGCCCCAAGGUUCAUGAUCGAACGGAGAGAAAGAUCAAGGAGCAGCACAAAAAGGCAAUGGAAGAGGAUCCCUCAGUCUUCGACUACGACGAGGUUUCCGACGAGAUGAAGGUUAAGAUUUCGCGCCCCAAGGUUCAGGAUCGAACGGAGAGAAAGUCAAAGUAUAUAGAAACACUUAUGGAGAAAGCAAAACAACGUGAGCGGGAACAUGAAAUUGUAUAUGAGAGGAAGCUGCUGAAAGAGAGGAGCAAGGAUGAUCACCUUUUUGCAGAUAAGGAAAAGUUUGUAACCAGUGCCUACAAGAAAAAGCUUGCAGAACAAGAAAAAUGGUUGGACGAAGAGAGGCUGCGCCAAAUUCGUGAAGAAAGAGAUGAUGUAACCAAGAAGAGUGACUUACGCGAUUUUUACUUUGGGCUCGGUGAGAAUGUAGCUUUUGGUGCUCAGUCAGAAGAUGCCACAAAACGGAAGGAACAAAAGCCACCCGGAGGCACUUCAGUGGUACCUGAACAUGGCCCUACUGAGAAGAAUGCACAGACAGAUUAUACUCGAGAUACAGAGAAAGAUGAUACUCAAGCCAAGACUUCUAGUCAUACACAGAACAACUCUGAGCAAGCUGCAAAGUUAACAACAUCAGAUGUUACUGUAAAAGAUUACGAUGAUGGUGAUAAAUUGGCAGCUGUGGAUCAAUCAACUGAACGUUUCACGAAAGGUGAUGACGCAUUGGCUUCAGCAAGAGAGCGUUUUUUAACUCGAAAGAGAGCAAGACAGCAGUUGGAAAGCAGUUGUUUCGUUUCUAUUUAG